GCGGAAGUUGCAAGAAGUUGAAGGUUGGUCUUGGCAGACAGACAGCAGUCCACGUCCAAGUCUUAACUCUGCGAAAAUACAAGCACGAAUUUACACUUCCGUGAUACAAGCGAGCACAAACCAUAACGACAUCUUUGUCAGCAAAGAUCUCUGAAGCUCUGACCUAUAUACCGCCUGAAAUCAAAUCCAUUGUCGUUAUCCCAAUACGUAGUGUUGUGUAGCCGCGAGCAUCGCUUGAACGUGAUAACCUUUACCUUUGCUAGGUGAGAGGUCAAGGCAAUUUUCAUUGUCGUCUGCAGGUGUCGUGUGGAGCACGACUUUCAACGAUUCACUUUUAUUAGGAUGUCGUCGAAAGUGUUUAGAGCUGCUGGAUUCCUGACAUGGAGGUGGGGUCACAAAAUUUGGAGCCCUUCUUCCUUUUCUAUUCUAAAUGAUAUGCGUCAUGUCAGCAGCAGUGUCGCAGGUGACGAGCAAGACAGCCGUUCCAGCCGCGAGCAACAAAAUUUUAGGAACGCAGCAAUCGCAGCAGUCGGAACAGCAUGUUUGCUUGGAGGAACCUUUUUCUGGAAGCUGAAGAAGGACAAGGUGAAGGCUUCUGAAGAUGUGGAAGCAGGAAACAUCCGUCCUGGUCUUCCUACUUACACGCUUGAUGAUGUUGCUAGGCAUAAAACAAAGGAAACUGGCAUUUGGGUGACCUUCAAGAAUGGAGUUUAUGAUAUCACCGAAUAUGUCUCCAGCCAUCCAGGUGGUUCCAAGAUCCUGCUGGCAGCAGGAGGAUCCGUGGAACCUUUUUGGGAUCUUUAUGCAGUCCACAAACACUCAGACAUAUUGAGCACUGUGGAGAGCUUUCGGAUUGGUAACAUCACAGAAUUGCCUAAAGUGGAAUCCUUCUCAAAGGAGGAUCCUUAUGCCAACGAUCCACCUCGAAGCCCUCUCCUUAUUCCAAGUUCAAAGAAACCAUUUAAUGCUGAACCACCUGCAGAACUUUUGGUUGAUAACUACUUGACACCUAAUGAUUUGUUUUUUGUCAGAAACCACCUUCCGGUCCCAAAUAUUAAUCCUCGCAGCUUCACAUUGGAAGUCCAGGGACCAAAGAAGGAAUUGAAACUCAGUAUAAAUGACCUUAAGAAGCAGUUUAAGAAAAAGUCUGUAGUUUCUGUUGUACAAUGCGCAGGCAAUCGCCGUAGUGAGAUGUCAACAUCAAAGCCAGUCAAGGGGCUGAACUGGGGAUCAGCUGCAAUUGGAAAUGCAGAGUGGUCUGGGGUUGCCCUCAACGACAUACUGGCACAGAGUGAAAUAAAUCUGGAGAAAACUGACAAAAAGCAUUUGGUCUUUGAAGGCUUAGACAGAGGGCCUGAUGGAUCUUUCUAUGGAGCUUCACUCCCAAUAGAAUUGGCAAUAUUACUGAAAGAUGAAAUCAUUGUUGCAUAUGAAAUGAAUGGAAAAGAGCUGCCUCGAGAUCAUGGUUACCCACUGCGAGUCAUCAUUCCGGGGGUUGUAGGUGCCCGCCAGGUGAAGUGGCUGAAUAAAAUCUAUCUCAGUGAUGAGGAAAGCGAGAGUCAUUGGCAAAGGCGGGACUACAAGGGUUUCAACUGUUCUGUGGACUGGCACAAUGUAGAUUUUGAUUCCUCUGUCGCAAUUAUGCAGCUUCCAGUCAUCUCAGCCAUUUGCGACCCCCCUGCUGGAGCAGAACUGGAGGAGGGUGCUGAAGAUGUCACCGUCCGAGGAUACGCUUGGAGUGGAGGAGGAAGAGCCAUUAUUCGGGUGGAUGUUUCUGCUGAUGGAGGGAAAACCUGGCAUGUAGCGUCAAUUCAGCCCAACGGCCAGAGUCAGUACAAGGCAUGGGGCUGGUCAUUGUGGGAGGCAACCAUCCCUUUGCCACCAGAUCAUAAAGGGGAGGUAGAGCUGGUGUGCAAAGCAGUUGAUGUAGCAUACAAUGCACAGCCAGACAGAGUGGAAGGCAUCUGGAAUUUGCGAGGUGUUUUGAGCAACGCCUGGCACCACGUCAAAGUGAUUGUGCCACCAUCCUCAUAAAUAAAUUACAAUAUUGAUGGGAGACAUAGAUGUAAGUUGUUUAACCAAAUACCAGAAUGUACGGACAAAUCCUCGAGAUUUCACAACCAAAUUUUGAUUGCUGUAAAGAAUUUAUUGUGGACAUAAUCGUGCUACAUAUUUCGUGUUAAUUAAUAAUGAUUUCUAUCAUGUGUGAUGAUGUCAGGGAAGUUUAACAUGCUGGACCCAGGCUAUUUACUGCAAAAUUCUAAUAUGGACCAGAUGACUAUAGCUGCAUUUAAAGUACUGAAUUCAAAUAGUGAUUUGUUUUCCUGUUUGUUUAAGAUGUGUCAGUUAAUGGUAAGAGCUGAGAGAUUUUCUUGUAUAAUUUUAUAAUAAUAGUUCUAUAAUUUCUUCUUUCAUUUGAAGCUGACCAUUUGCAUUUAUUUUAAGAUGAUGUUACUGGCUUUGUUCACUGUUUGGUCUCUUGAGUUCUUUGAAUAUCACAUGAGGAGUAAGCAAUGCUAUUAUCCUGCAGCUUAUUUCUUGUCGCAACGUUAUAUGACAGCUGAAAGUACAUAUUUUUGUUUUAAAUGCCAGGGUUUCAGAUCUUUAAAGUGUCUAGUCAACAGGCCUCAUUAGGGAGAAGUAUUAAAAAUGGCCAGUCACCAUUUGCAGGGGUAUUAGAGCUACUGAUUGUCUGAUGUAAGUAAAUAUAUGAGAGUGAAAUAAAAUAGAUAUGGGGAGAGAAUGCAGCAAACGCACACAAAUGAUGAUGACCAUAAAUGGUGUAUUUUCAUACUUACCUCAGUUCCUGAAUCAUAUGUAUCAGAGUAGGCAAUCCAAGUAAAUAUAUAAAAGCUAAGAAACAUGAGAGAAGAACUUUGAAAAUCAUUGUAUCAAUUUCAUAAAUAUCGUGUUGUUUAUUGGAUGAUCAUUAGGGUGUAUCUGGAAUUAUUCAGAUUGUUAUGAAGUGUUUACACGGGACCACAUAUAUUAUCACUGUUUUGGAUAUUUGAUGAUUGUUGAUUUUUGAGACAUCUACAUUUAACGAUAUGUGAUAUGCGAUAUGUUGCUUCCCUAUGCUCCACUAGGGGUGAAUAGGAACAAGAGAGAAGAGAGAUAUACGAAUGUGAGUUGGAUAAAAUGUUUUUAACAAUAACUUUGUUGAGUGUGCUAUGGUUCUGAAGUAUUAUUUCAUUCUAAUUACUUACAGCAUCACACAUUUCAAGUAUUUAUCAUUAAAAAAAGUGUUUAUUGGUGUAAUGUGGUCAUUUAAUACAGAAAAGCAACUUUGCUGAAUAUGUUGUGGUCGCGGAAAAUUAUUUCAUUUUAAUUACACUACAGUAGCACCUAUUCAAAGUAAAUAUUAUUAGACAAAAUCCUUAAUGGUGUCAUGUGAUCAUGAUUGGAAAAGCAAUGUUGUUGAGUAUUCUGUUGUUCUAAAGCAUUAUUUGUUAUAAUUAUGUUACAGCAACACAGUAGAUGUUUAUUGGAAUGUUUAUUUAUGUAAUAUGAAUGUGAUUGCUUAAUGUAGUACAAUUGCAUAAUUAACAGCUUAAAACUGCAUGUUUUUUACUUUUCUGUGUGGCAUAAACUGUUGUAGCUCAGCCCUGUCAUGUGUGUGCAGGAAGAUUUGUAUGACUAGUAGACUUUUUGAUGAACUUGGUGUUUGUAUUGAGAUGAUACAUCCCAUAAGUCAUAUGAAGAUGUAUGCUAUAUAAACCAAUCGAUCAGUCCUCUCUGUGCCAUCUGGCACGAGAGGCGACAGCAAGCGACAUUCCAUCUGGUUCUGUUUGCUGCUGCUUUGGGUAAUGUCUUGAGUGAUAGGCCUCUACAGUUGAAGUUUUUGAGGGUUUGCCUGUCUCUUUGGGCCAUCCUUUUUUCCUGAGGUGUCCAUUGCAGGUCCGCUAUGGGGAUUGAGUCUGGAGUCAUGUGGCACACAUGUUAUAGUCAUCACCAGUGCUGCAGUUGGAUUUUUCUGCCAAGGUGCGUGGCCCUGCCUUAUAUGGCAUAUAUAUGGUAAUAUAUUUUACAAAUGAAGAGAAUGCCAUAAAUAGCUAGACUGAUCACUGUACCAAGUGAAGAUGUAAAUUAUGACGGCUGUACUAAAGUCCCAACAUGCUCAAGGAAGCAAAACAAGAAUCAUGUAUUUUUUUUUUUUCUUUAUCAUUAUUUAGAUGUAUAAGCAUCUAUUGGACAUCAGUGACAUCCUGUAAACAACUCAAGCUACUGAAGUCCACCUAUAAAAUGUAUUUUUGAAUGUUAUUUCUCUUUUUUGUAUUGUUUUUGGUUAGGCUUGUCUGGCCAUAUUAGAUAUUUCAAGAACCUGGCACAGACUCAACAGAUCUUAAAAACAUUUUAUAUGUAAACAAUAUUUUGAUACAUAUUAAGUAUUUACUUGAUGCACAAUUUCUUAUAAUACUAGUUCAUUUAACCAACAGCUUACAUUGUCAGAUAUGACAAGGCCUUGUGUUUCCUCUAUGCUUAGAUGCCUUUUCUGCAUUUAAGGUUUCCAAAAAUAGACUGGCUGGUCCACAGUCAUGCUUAUUUUUGCAUAUUUUAAGAUGUAUUAUUUGUGGCUUAAACAUACUCUCCCUCUGUGCCUUGCUGUUCACCUAUUACAUGAAAAAGUAUUUUGACUUACAUGUUUAAAUAUAUUUGAAACUUUAUUAAAAAAAACAGGCCAGUCUCUAUGACUAACCAGAUUGUUAUUUAAGGUUCAGAUAUCACCUUAAAAUUUAUUUUACAGAGAACUGUUAUGAUUUGUUUUAAAAUAAAAAAAAACCUUGCCAUUGUUAAAAGUGUUACAGCACAUUACGGAUAAUAUUUGCAUGCCUUGCAGAUUGAUGUGGAAUUCUGCAGUUUUUCUCACAUGUAUUUCACAAGUACAUUUUUUUCUCUGUAAUGCAUAUUUUUUAAUGAAUUAUUGUGUACUGUAGUGUGAGGUUUCUCUGAAGUUCAUGCUGUAAAAGCUUCAUUGAUUUCAUCCUGUUUUGUGAAGUGUUGAUAAAAUGAACUUUUAAUUUUGGCACACACACACUUGCACACACGCAGCCACAUGUGGACUAGCAUGAACUAUUUCAAACUUUGUUCUUUCAUUACAGAUUUCUGAAAUUAAGCCUACUCUUUUGGUUGUGCUUUAAAUUAUUUUGGAUCCUGUAAUGUUGUUGUAAAACAUAAUAAAUGUUUCUUGGUAA